CUGAGCUGUACCCUUGAGAGUCCUGCCCCAGGGACAAGAGGGGCACUGCUCCAGUGACCUUUUUUUCCUGACAGUGUCACUGGGGUGGUACCCUCAAGGGUGUAUCUCAGCACCUUCAUUAAGGGAACAUAAUUGUCUCAAUCCAUUGCCGAUAUAUUUUUUAAGAACUAUUUACUCAGUACACCUCGUCUCGUCUCCAGGCCUUUUUCAUUUUAUUUUUCCAUUUUCAAAAAAUAAGGUUCCAUGUGCUUUUGCCUGGGGAAAAACCUUAUUUAAGGUGCACAGACCUUUAAACUGCUGUUGUACUAUUUAAGAGGGCCAUUUAUGUUGUUUGUGCCUUAAAGAAUAUAAAAUCUACCUGCACAGAACCUUUUAUUUCUAACUAUGUAUUACUGAAUAUAAGUGAAGUUGUCAGAGAGCUUGUUUUGAUUGGUCUAUAUUGAUGGCAUUUUGUGUAAGAUUACACAACACAACCCACUCUGUACCCACUCACUUUUUUACAUGGAAUUUUUAUAAUUUUAUUCACAAUUAAUUUGUUGAAUUUUCUGUUGUUCUGUUAAAAGCUGUCUAAACACUGACCCAGUCAUCGGGAGGUGCCACAGCGCAACCAUCUUUGGCCAGGAGUCUAAGAGCUUCGUCAGUUAUUAUGAGUUAACUGUCCUCUCUUGGUCUCUGAGGGAAGACAGGAUCAUCUUCCCUCUUCUGCUUAGAGUGAUGGCCAACAUCGGCGUUUGUUAGCUGACCUUACAGUAUUAGCUGUUAGCACUGCCCUCCAAGUGUAUCAAGCUGCCCAAUGGUGUUGUAGAAGAUGUGGUGGAGCUUCACAUAACUUGGAGAAAGAACAUUCUGGCCUUCACCCUCUCAGACUGGUAGCAUUGUAUGAUAGUGGGAGACUUACCUGGCCUCAACUAAUGUAGGACCCUCUUGUCCUUUGUCCACUUCCAAAUGAUGCAGAUCUCUUAUUCAUGAUUGGCUGACCUGACCCCUUUUUGCACCACCCAUGAGUUAACACCAGUACUGCUGUGAGAUGCCCGUGGCUGGGCUGUGAUGGGGCAGAGGCUUUCGGCGGUGGUGAAAUCGGCAGCGGAGGAGGAGCGCGGGGGUCCGGGGGUCGCUCUGGCGUUCCGGCCGGCGUUCCUGCCUCUCCGAGGCCGCGGCCGACCCCUAUCACCCCGUCUGGAGCUGCUGCUGGACAUGCCUCCGGUGGGCAAGGCCAGUCAGCUCCACUAUGCCUGGAACCCUAAUGACCGAUCGCUUAAUUUAUUCAUCAAAGACGAAGACAAACUGACUUUUCAUCGCCACCCGGUGGCUCAGAGUACAGACUGCGUUCGAGGAAAAGUAGGAUUUACUCGUGGCCUUCAUGCCUGGACCAUCCGCUGGCCUGUCCGUCAGCGUGGCACACAUGCAGUGAUAGGGGUCGCGACCUCUCUUGCACCACUGCAUGCUGUUGGCUACACUGCACUUGUUGGAAGUGAUGCGGAAUCCUGGGGGUGGGAUUUGGGGCGGGGAAAACUUUACCAUGACAGGAAAAGCCAGACUGGAGCAGCACCUUCGUACCCACAGACAGAGGAGGAGGAGGAUGAUGAAGGUGUGUUCUCCGUGCCAGAGGAGGUGCUGGUGGUGUUGGACAUGGAUGAGGGAACGCUGGGUUUCUGCGCGGACGGACGCUUCCUGGGCGUGUCCUUUCGCGGGCUGAAAGGGAAGAAGCUGUACCCGAUCGUCAGCGCUGUGUGGGGUCACUGUGAGGUCACGAUGACCUAUGUCAAUGGACUGGACCCGGAGCCUCUGCCACUCAUGGAGCUGUGCAGACGAGCAGCCCGGCAGGCUCUGGGCCGCCAUCGUAUUCACCACAUUCAGUCUCUGCCUUUACCACAGACCCUCAAAAACUACCUGCAGUACCAGUGAUGGACUAACAGCACCAGACCCAAAACUACCUACAGCACCAGUGACCUCAAAGCACGACAGGAGGGCUGUACGGCAGCAGCGUGGAAGCCUUCGGUCUGUAGCAGCCACGUCCAGACCACUCUGUUAGACAGUGGCCACCUGGACUUGCCGGAUAAAGUAUCUGCGUGCGUUUGUGUGUUUUUAAUGUGUGUGUUCUUUUUUUAUUUUUUUCCUUCUCCAAAGAGCACAGCAGAAAGUAGCUUGAUUUUGACGUGUGAUAUGGACAUCACAAUGAGAAAUGAAUGCGUGUCUUCCAUAGAAAUAAUCACGGAUUAUACACUACAUGUGCAGUCGUAUGCAAAAGUUUGAUGUUUUGUUGAUUUUAAGUGGAAAUAAGUUAAUACAACCUCGACAGAGAACACAUUACUGUGAUUGUAAUGCACUAUUGCUGGUUAAUCGCUGGAUUGAAAAUAUUGGUGUUAAAAAAAAACAUAUUGCAAAAAUAUACCACUAUACUUCAAGAAAUCUUCACGAUCUUCAUCUUUAGACAUCUGAUCAGCUGGAACAGAGAAGGAAACCAGUAAUGCCAUGUUUUUAUAAAUACUAUCAAGGUCCAGUGAUUUUUAGUCAGUAUUUGACAUAUUAUGCUGCAGUCAAUCCAGUCAAACGGGACUAGUUUUGCUAUCUUUAUAAUGAAACAUGCAGUUGGUCAGUGUUCUUGAUGGACCAAAGGCUCUCUGGAUCAUUCAAAGGCCCUCUAUCGACACCAUUUAAAGGGUCUCUAUCUAGACGAUUCUAAAGGCUCUCUAUCCAGAUCAUUUAAAGGGUCUCUGUUUAGAUCACUUUAUAGGACCCCUAACUGGAUAAUUUAAAGGAUUUUUCAGGGCCUCUAUCUAGACCAUUUAAACACUCUCUAUGCAGCUCUUUUAAAUGACCGCUGUCUAUAUAAUUUAAAGUCCCCUAUCUUAAUCAUUUAAAGGACCUCUAUCCGAAUCAAUGAAAGGACCCCUGUAUAAAUCUUUUAGAGGGUCUAUAUGUAGACCAUUUAGACUCUAUCCAAAUUAUUUCCGGGCUCCUAUCUAGACCAUUUAAAGGGCCUCUAUCCGGAUCAGUUAAAGAACCCCUGUAUAGGUCAUUUAAAGGGUCUAUAUCUAGAUCAUUUAAGGGACCUCUAUCUGAUUAAUUUUUUUCUGGGCCUAUAUCUAGACCAUUUAGACUCUCCAGAUUAUUUCAGGUCCCUUAUCUAGAUCAUUUAUAUUCUGUCUACUUAAGGAAAUUUUCAUGAUAUGCCAUGAUAUUUGCUUUUUCAGGCAUCUGAUCAGCUGGAAGAGAGAAAAAGGAACCAAUAUUGCUACUUUUCAAAAUACUAUCAAGAUCCAGUGAUUUUUAAAAAAAAUGUAAUAUUUGACGUUAUGUGGCAGUUGAUCCAGUUAAACAGGACUAAUUUUGCUCUCUUUAUAAUGAAACAUGCAGUUGGUCAGUGUUCUAUAUAUGUGAUACACGAUUUCUAAACAUAUCGUGCAUAUUCGAUUUUAUUGUGAAAUAAUUUAUCUAGAAAUGAAUGA